AUGACCAAACAACCCCUCGCCAAAACCCUCCAGUUCGAGAAAAAGAACAAAGACAUGCUCAAGCUCCCAAAAUACGCUCGCGUCCAAAAACGCCCUAUUCCACACGCCCCCGUCGCAUCCCCCUACGCUGGCGCCUCGGUCCCGAAAAUCGUCUACGUCUCCACCAAGUCCCCCUUCAUGAGCGCCGUCAAACGCGUCCAGAAGCUUCUCCGACAGGCCGAAAAACGCGCCACGGCGGCGGUCAAUCUCUCAAGUAGCAAGAGGACAGAUCGGCAGAAGCUGGCUGAGGUAGCGCGUGGACAGGAGCAGCUGACUGAGGAGGAGGUGUUUGUCAAGGCCACGGGCCGGGCGAUCGAGAAGGCGCUGAGCGUUGGGCGGUGGUUCGAGGAGCGGGGGAACGAGUAUGCGGUGCGGGUGAAGACGGGGAGUGUGCUCGUUGUGGACGAUAUUGAGGAAGACGAGGAGGCGAAGCGGAAGGCGAUUGUGGAGGCGGAAAGGGUUCUGCAGCAGGAACAAGCUCAGGAGAAGAAGGAAGACGGCGAGAAAGAUGAUGGUCAGCCAGCCGCGGACCAGUCUGUCGACGCUCCCGCGCAGCCUGGAUCGAAAUCAGAAACGAAGAAGAGGAAACGCGCUGCGAAUGCUCUGGCCUCAGCCUCCGGUGAGGAGUUGCCGGAGACGCGAACGCGAUGGGUCAACAUGGUGGAAAUCGCCGUGACGCUUAAGUGA